GCACGGGCCAGAUGCAGUGCAAGGUCUACGACUCCAUGCUGGCUCUGCCCCUCGACCUUCAAGCUGCCCGCGCCCUGGUUGUGAUCUCCAUCUUGGUGGCCUUAAUGGGAAUCAUGCUAGCUGUUGCAGGGGGAAAAUGCACCAACUGCAUUGACGAUGAGGAGGCCAAGAGUAAAGUAGCCAUUGCUGCAGGUGUGUUCUUCAUCGUGAGCAGUAUCCUGUGCAUCAUCCCUGUUUCCUGGUCUGCCAACACUGUCCUCAGAAACUUCUACAACCCCAUUAUGAACGACGCUCAGAAGAGGGAGCUGGGAGCCGCGCUGUUCAUCGGCUGGGGAGCAUCAGGACUUAUGCUGCUUGGAGGUGCACUUCUUUGCUGCCAGUGCCCGAAGAGUAAGGACAGCGGAUACUCAGCCAAAUACUCAGCCCCAAGCUCUGCAGCUAGUGGAGGAGCCUACGUUUGAGUAUACUUUCUCUAGGAAACUGGACUGACCUGUAAUGUUUAUGCUGUUAACUUCAUGAUUUUUAAAGUGUUUCUACUGUUAUUUUAAUACUUUUUACUUUUUUAUGAACCUA